UUUGUAGUCAAGAUACUUGGUCUUAUGGCUCUUCUGGCAACUAAUCAGGUUCUUUUCAGGAAACAUUAUUGUGUAUGUGGGCAGUCUUCCAGAGUUAGGGAGCUGAGUGGGUCAAACACCUGCCUUUGAAGACCUCAGGUUUCUAUACCAAGAGUGGCUUUAGUGUUCUGUCCACAGUGCUUAUUAAUACAGUGCCUGGUGUAUAGUAACCACUCAGUAAGUGUCAGUUACUAUCAGUAUUAUGCUUAGCUCCACCAGCCAAGAAGGUUGUUUUUAAAUGCUUUGUCUAGUUUGUAGAAUCAAAACAAUAGAUUCUUUUUUUCAGAUUUCACAUGCAAAAUUAUAUUGUGCUAGUGAAUGUGGUUUUUCAAACUACAUUUAGACACAACCCACUGUUCCCUGGAGCUUCUCAUUCUAGGUGGACACUCCCUAAUGACCACCAUUGAUCAAAGCUCUCUACCCUUCCUUCUCACUAUGCCAUCUUUCUGUCUCUAGGACUACGUGUGGCUACAGUAGCAGUAAGAGAAACUCUCAGGUUCUCUAAUGAUCUUGCUUCACCAUGGCUACAAAUAUGGAGGGGCUGGUUCAGCACAGAAUGGGGACCCAGCAGGUGGCUGAGGUACCACGUACACAGACCUCUCAGCCGGAAUCUCCAGGGAUGACCAGCCCCUCCCCGCGCAUCCAGAUAAUCUCCACCGACUCUGCGGUAGCCUCACCUCAGCGCAUUCAGAUUGUGACAGACCAGCAGACAGGACAGAAGAUCCAGAUAGUUACCGCAGUGGACGCCUCUGGAUCCCCCAAGCAGCAGUUCAUCCUGACCAGCCCAGAUGGAGCUGGAACUGGGAAGGUGAUCCUGGCUUCCCCGGAGACAUCCAGUGCCAAGCAACUCAUAUUCACCACCUCGGACAACCUUGUCCCUGGCAGGAUCCAGAUUGUCACGGACUCUGCCUCUGUGGAGCGUUUGCUGGGGAAAACCGAUGUCCAGCGGCCCCAGGUGGUAGAGUAUUGUGUGGUCUGUGGUGACAAAGCCUCUGGCCGUCAUUAUGGGGCUGUCAGUUGUGAAGGUUGCAAAGGUUUCUUCAAAAGGAGUGUAAGGAAAAAUUUGACCUAUAGCUGCCGGAGCAACCAAGACUGCAUCAUCAAUAAACACCACCGGAACCGCUGUCAGUUUUGCCGGCUGAAAAAAUGCUUAGAGAUGGGCAUGAAAAUGGAAUCUGUACAAAGUGAACGGAAGCCUUUUGAUGUGCAACGGGAGAAACCAAGUAAUUGUGCUGCUUCAACUGAGAAAAUUUAUAUCCGGAAGGACCUGAGAAGUCCUCUGAUAGCCACUCCCACGUUUGUGGCAGAUAAAGAUGGAACAAGACAAACGGGUCUUCUUGAUCCAGGGAUGCUUGUGAACAUCCAGCAGCCUUUGAUACGUGAGGAUGAUACGGUUCUCCUGGCCACGGAUUCCAAGGCUGAAACAAGCCAGGGAGCUCUGGGCACACUGGCAAAUGUGGUAACCUCCCUUGCCAACCUAAGUGAAUCCCUUAACAAUGGUGAUACUUCAGAAAUGCAACCGGAGGACCAGUCUGCAAGUGAGAUUACUCGGGCAUUUGAUACCUUAGCUAAAGCACUUAAUACCACAGACAGCUCCUCGCCUCCAAGCCUGGCAGAUGGGAUAGACACCAGUGGAGGAGGAGGCAUCCACGUCAUCAGCAGAGACCAGUCCACACCCAUUAUUGAGGUCGAAGGCCCCCUCCUUUCAGAUACUCACGUAACAUUUAAGCUCACGAUGCCCAGCCCAAUGCCAGAGUACCUCAACGUGCACUACAUCUGUGAGUCUGCGUCCCGCCUGCUUUUCCUCUCCAUGCACUGGGCCAGGUCAAUCCCAGCCUUUCAGGCACUUGGGCAGGACUGCAACACCAGCCUGGUGCGGGCCUGCUGGAAUGAGCUCUUCACCCUCGGCUUGGCCCAGUGUGCCCAGGUCAUGAGUCUCUCCACCAUCCUGGCGGCCAUUGUCAACCACCUGCAGAACAGUAUCCAGGAAGAUAAACUUUCUGGCGACCGGAUAAAGCAAGUCAUGGAGCACAUCUGGAAGCUUCAAGAGUUCUGUAACAGUAUGGCGAAGCUGGAUAUAGACGGCUAUGAGUAUGCAUACCUUAAAGCUAUAGUUCUCUUUAGCCCCGAUCAUCCAGGUUUGACUAGCACAAGCCAGAUUGAAAAAUUCCAAGAAAAGGCACAGAUGGAGCUGCAGGACUAUGUUCAGAAAACCUACUCAGAGGACACCUACCGAUUGGCCCGGAUUCUCGUCCGCCUGCCAGCACUCAGGCUGAUGAGCUCCAACAUAACAGAAGAACUUUUUUUUACUGGUCUCAUUGGCAAUGUUUCGAUAGACAGCAUAAUCCCCUACAUCCUCAAGAUGGAGACAGCAGAAUAUAAUGGCCAGAUCACCGGAGCCAGUCUAUAGUGCACACCACACACCUGUCAAGGAGCAAAAGGAUCCUCCCAGGACCGCUCACAUACAAAGAAAAUAAAGUAGUGGUAUUUUGGUAUGUGCAAAUAUUUCCAGUAUGUUAGCCAUUUCCCACCUGGUUUCUUCUUAUCUGUUAAUCCUAGACAGUAACAACUAAAAGACUAGUAGGAUCCUUUCCUGCCAUAAGAAAUGUUUUAAUGCCUUUUGAUGAAGCAGAUUUUGGAACAAUCUUUUAACUCAAUUUGUAUUUAGAAAUUCUCAAAGGGCAAAAAACUAAAAGUUUUAUAAUGUCAGAGACUAGUAUUAAAGAAAACUAAAAGAACCUAAGAGAACAGUAUGUGUGUAUAUAUAUUAAAAAUGUCCUUGGAAUUAAUAGCUACUAAUUACCAGGGUAAUAAUAUUAGCACUUUCUAAGCACUUCUUAUCAAUGCGUAAUGUUAGCAACAUCUUGCCUAUGGGCAGCGCAAGUGUAAAACUGUAUAUGUCUUGCCGAGAUGCUAAUGAUUUCUGUGAAAACGCACUAGGGUACAGGAGACAAUCAUUUAUGUUUAAGAAAAGGCAUCAUUCCUAAUUGUAUGCACACUGGUGGUGUUGAGCUAAAUUCCUCUGAAUGAAUGAAAACAUGGCCUAUCUGUAUCAUGCAGUUAAGUGGGAGUGUGGUAGUACAAUCUGUGGUGACCCAAACCAGAAGCUUUCUCAGCCGUAGAGUUGAUGCUUGUCAGGUUCCCUGACCUCUGGUCCUGGUCUGUGAGGGGCAUCUGCAGGCUCCUCUAAACGUGGGGCUCUCUUCUGAUGCCUGGUUCUCAGAAUUGGAUUGCAAGCAGUCAGACAUCAACUGCCAAUUCCUGCAGCAACUGAAAACAUCCCCACACCACCUCUGCCACUCAUGGCCCAUGGAGCCUUCUGACCAAAAAAUGCAAGGUGGGCAUUUUGAACCCUUGACACUACUUCCUGAAUAGAAUUUGGGGCGGCUGCACAUUGUUCAGAUGGGGGAGUGUGAAGAUUCCUUUCUCAGGGGUUUCCAUUCCAAAUGCCCCCUUGAGAAGGGCUUGUAUUCCUGCAGUUCGGUCAGAACUGUGCAGUGAGGUGGAGUGGGACAGGCAGGAUCUUGCUGCCGGGCCAGGGUUGUGGUAGUGAAGCUGAAUGGAAGGUUUCUCUGUUGACCCUAAAUAUCGGGGUUUUUCAGAACGUCUCCAGACUCAGCUUCUCUGUUGGCUGAGCCUUUCAGUGGUACUAGCACACCGUGCACUUUGAUUCCCCUAGGUGUGUGCCAGCAAACCACCCCUGGAGCAUUUUAGAUGAUGGAUGCAGAAGCAGGCUGCCUGCUCCUUAGAAAACAACCUUUAAUUCCCAAAGCUGUCUUCUUUCUCCUUAUAAGCUAUAGCGACCAUCAUUUACGAGAACAGAAUGCAGUUAUAAGGAAGUUAAAUCUAGAGAAGAGCACCCAUAAAUUCCCUGGAUGUGAGUAAGCAGCAAGCAUUUUUCCUGUUUGGGAAAAGUGGCACGUCCAAGCCUGGGUCAGGCCCUUUGUAUUUUCUUUUUGGAUAGCCCAGAUUAAGAAAAUACAGUGUAAGGUUAAAUUUGCAUCUGUUGAACCUUUUGAUCAGAUGAUAUCCAAAAAUAUCCAGUGCACUCCCCUGCCUCUCAGGCACUUCCUGGUCUGUCUUGGGCCCUCAGUCAAGGUGGUUGCCUCGGGUGCUAUGCAUGGGUGCCCGGCCAGCCGGCCACAGGCUUACAACAAAACAGGAUGCUUUAUUCUGAAGGAAGUGUUAGCAGCAUUUUAUGAAAGUCACUAGUGGGAAUUACAUGGGGACAGUAUCUCCAACUGCUAAAUUCCUGUUUGGAUUUAAUUAUGUCAUUUAUAGUUCAUGCCUUGGAAGCAAAUUUUGGAGAAUUCUGGGGGUGCCCAUUAUAAAAUGAUAGAAAAGAUUUAAUUUUGCCAGCUUAAAUUUUUGGUUUUCUAACUUUGAAGUGAUUUAAAUUUCAAAAUUAAGACAAAAAACUGGCCAAGACAAUGGAGUUAGGGCGAGUCUGUUUCAUUUCUGCUUGUGAAGGAUUUUAGCAGAGGGCAUUGUGAAGCAGGUUUAUGCAUCUUACACAGUGAGUUGCUUAUUUUUCUGUUCCUCUGAUUUUUGAAUGUAAGAAUGUCUGGUGAUCACGUAGCAGUUCCCUGGGAAUACAUGUUGUGUCACAUCUUUCAGAUCUGAGUUCUUGGUGUUGGUGAAAAGGUCCACACUGGCCAGCUCCCCUCAUUUCCUGGGCAGGCCCUGCGAGUCCUGUGUCCCUUAGGCUUUUAGACUCAAGUCACCUUAAGAUAUUGGGACAGCUUAGCCAAGACCUAGACUGAGGUCCUAUGCCAUGUGUUGGGAAGAGAAGGUAAUAACCAGCAGGAAGACAGUGACACUGAGAUGAGGAAGUGCCACACUCCAGCAAGACAGCCCUGGAGAAAAAUCAAUUUAGCUUUGAAAGUUGCUGAUUCUAACCUGGUCCUGCCUCGAUUCCCUCUGCUGGUGAUGGCUGAUUCCAGUGGACCAUUUUGGGCUUUGAACACACCUCAUUAGUUUCCCAGAUCCUCUUGACCUUACGUUGAAGUCGUCUUUUCCUUAAGGAUCAUCUCCACAUAACCUGAAUUCUCGCUGCCCCAAAUCAUUUCAAGCCUUUGACAGCAGGUCCAUUCCAUCUCUUGUCAAAGUGGUUAGGAGAAGUAAGCCCAAAGUCAAGAUUUAUUUAAAGGGAUCCCAAACAAAUAUUUGGGCUCAGCUUUCACAAGGCUUUUAACCCUUGUUAGUAGUUGGUGCAACUCUAGCUUUAGAAGUAAGGCCAGCCUUCUGCCCCCUGAAUCCCUGAGUGAAAUAAGCCAGUAGCAGGAUUCUUUGCCAUGUAGCCUAUUCACAUGCCCCUUCCACUGGCCUCACCAUUCCUCCCUUAGUGAGGAGAGAGAGGUACACUGGCUAAGAGAGGGGGGACAGACACACACCAUCACUUCUUGAUGAAGUGGGCUCUUUUCCAGCAGUAUUUCAGAUAAUGUUGGACAGUUAAUGUUGAAAUUUGUGGAGCUCAUUACAUAUAAUCAUAAAACAGGACAGGAGCAGACUUAGAAAAAGACCAAAUUACUCAAGCAAAUAAUACUUUCCAAGUUAUUCUUAGAAAGUACUUUUAAGGAAGUAUGUUACCACCCUUCUAACUUGAGAUUUGUGUGUGUGUGUGUUGGGGAGUUACAAUAUUUAUUGUCUGACCUCUGCCAUGAGGCUGUGGUUGGGAUUCUUUUGUUGUUUGGGUUUUUAUAUUUAAUUUCAGGUGUAGUCACUUGUUAUAAGAUGUACUAUGUAAUUGCCCUCAAUUGUCAGUAUUAAAUAUGGACUCUGUUCAGAGGCAGUUGCCACCAGCCAUGGUGAUAGCGAUGGCCAUGUCUACUCCGGCUCCCUCAUAUGGCAGCAACACCCUCACUAGAGCUGAGGCUUGUAGCCAUGCUACAUACUUACUUAGCUGUUGUGCUUAUUUGGCAGAGAGCUGCUACAGGGAGCCAAGAACUAGAAGGGCUCUAGCUGUAUCUAGUGCUUUUACUCUGGGAAAAAACCCACAUCCCAGUCCUCUGGGGCAAUUUCCAGCAGAGCAGUCCUGCUCCCAGCCUGCUGUCUGCCUGACAAGGAGCCCUUGGCUAUGGAUCCAAGUUCCAGGACCUGAUCAGAUUCAAGUCCAGAAGCUUGUUGCCCACUUUGCAGUGGAGAUGGCCUUUGUGCAAUGGGGCUGUAGAUGACCAUUUAACUCUUCUGUAAGCCCAGGUCAUUAAGUGUCAUCUUCUGACAUCCACUUUUAUCCUGGGAGGGCAGUGCCCUUUAGUCUCUAGAAAGGGCUGAACAGGCAGGGCAAAUGCCCCACAUGCUUCCUUCGUCCCACUUCCAUUCUCUAGAUUGUGCGGCUCUUCAAAAAUGUCUUAACUUGGAUGUAAAUUUGUAAAGCCAACUCCUAUCUCCUCAGUCAAGACAGAGUGGGUUUGGGUCUUUCUUUUGUACCCAGGGUUCUGGACCUCCUCACGUGUGCCUCCCACCAGCGUGCACUUCUGCAUGUCCAGCCCUGGGGUCCCUUCAGCAGCAUUGUGUGUGUACAGAUUUAUAGGCUUAUAUGACUGAAUGAAUGUACAUGUGUUUAUAUAUUCUGUAUAUGUACAGUGUAUAUAGUGUGUGUGUACAUAGAUGUAUAUUAUGUAUACAGACGUGUAGCCAUGUAUCCAAACUUUCCUUAUGUUUUAAAGAGAGUCUAUGAUAGAGUUGCUAAAGUAAAUUGAUGUAGAUGUUCGAACAUCCGUCAGCAGGAUGCAUUUGCUGAGAUUUUAACUCCAUUUUCCUUUGGGUGAGCCUGGCUGGGAAAGGCCUUGAAGUCAGAAUCUCCACUCAGCACCAGGGAAAGUUCCAGACACAAAAAAAGUCCAGGAAGCUGGAAGACAGUUUAUCCUAAUGUCCAAAACUAGGUGGCGAUCUUUAACUUGGUUGUCACACACCUAUAUGGUAUGGCUUAACUGGAAGGAACUUGGUAGGUAGAGCUGUUGGCCUUCCCAGAUACUCGCUCUGUCACAUGGUCCAGAGACGGGCAUUGUGGUCAGAGAUGCAGAAUGGUCCACGUCAUAGGGCCUGAUUCCCAGUGUGGUGGCAGUUUCCCACGCUUGCUCUGGACUCAGUCAGCAAACAGUGGGCACUGCCCUGUGACUAAAUAGCGAUUCCCAGCUCUCUAAUGCUUGAAAAAUAAGCAUGAAUGUUGAUGGCUAACUUUUAUUUCAUAUAAAAGUUACAAACCUUAAAUUACUUCUCAAACUGCAGCAUGUGAAUAAAAUCCACUGACUUAAAAUCCUUUCUGUAAAUAAUGAUUUAAAAAUUUCAGAUAAAAAUUGCAUUUUAAUAUGGGUAUGUGUGCCCUUAAAGCUACAGAUGCCAAAUUUUCCUUGUCCAGGUCUAUUCUGAUGAAUUCCGCCCCUUAAUCAGGCUUUAAACAGACAUGGCACUUGGGAGCCAGGGCCCAGCCCAGCAGUAGUUGCUCGCAGACCUGGUAAGCAGGGGCCUGCCAGGCAGGAAGAUUGAGAGCUGGCUUGCUGAAAGAAAUCACUAGAUAACUGCAAAAACUCACAUAAUCCACGAUUUUUUUUCUUUUUUAAUAAGCUAUUGAAAUGUUUGAGAACACUUCAUUGAGACCAUAGUACUCAGUGCCUUCUGUGAGACAGUGGGUUAUUUAGCCUUCAGCUUCCCCUAUUUUUGAUGUAAAGAAAACUCCUGCUACUUCUCUGGCCUCAUCCAACAGUGAUUGUUCAACCUUUCCCACGUCCUUGCCUGUCAUGACAAUCACACUAUUAAAGAUGACUUCCCAGUUAAAACACAAGUGGAAGCUUGACAGUCUCUAAAUGAAUCUUUACAAUAAAAAUUCUUCUUUGGGGCUACUUAACAGCAAUCUAAGAAUAAUAAAACUGUGAGCUUAAAAAAAAGUAUCUUGGGGGAGAUGGGAUAUUUUUAAUGCCCACCUAUACUUUCAGUUGAGAAGCAAAUAAUUUUGGUGUCUCAGUAUUUAUGCAAACAACAUAGAAAAAAAUGCUAUAAAAAAUAAAUGCUGAAAAAAUGUUCAGCAAUAUUUAGCAAUUGACUGUGAUAAAGCUUAAUAUUUGGAUAACUUUAGAAAGUAGUAGGCUUUACAUUAAAAAUAGCUCUUCCUUAGGAAAGUAUACUCAGUUAUUUCAAUGACCAGAGCAUUCAUGGACCUGAAUGCUGCUGCCACAUGCAACUCAAGUGCUGGGAUAUUUUUCUACAGUCUCCAUUCUCCCAAUUAUCUUGUAAACCAGUGUUCAGCUAGUUUUAUAACUGAAAAGCUGCACAUUUUUCAUAGGACAAACCACAGUUCUUACCUGUAGUCUGGCCUCUGUGUUGGAAUGUAGCUGCAUUACCAGCCCUUUGAAAAGACAUGUUAAAGGACAAUUCAGGUGUUAGAUCUUCUUGGGACCGUUUCUGUAACCGCUGCCCUUCACAAUAUAGAAAAUAUUAUUUAUGCCAUUACAUUUUAAUUCCAGGUUUAAAACCUGUUGAAAGCUGUAGCUUGAAAUCAGCUUUGUUUAUGCGAUGGCAUUUAAAAAGAGCAUGUUCUUUUUAAACUGAAUUUUAUAUCUAAUCAAUGUCUUCAGUCUUGAAGAAUUUGCAUUGUUGUGUUUGUAUAUAGAGUAUUGCAGUGCAUGAAUUAGCUUUAUGCAUUUUAUUAAAUGCUAUUUCAAUGUGGCAUUAUUGUUGUGGCUUAAUACUACUACCUAAAUGAGGUUUAUACUAUUAAAAGUGAAUUAAAGACUAAUGUGCAUCCUGCUCAUCAU